AUGGCACCAUAUGGCUCAGACAUAGCCUCGAUAUUUUUGAGAAACCGGCGGACAGUCAAUUUUCAUUUACGUAUAUCUCAUUCAUUCGCUGCGACUACAAGUCUAAACAUAGUUUACUUAAAAGAGGAAGCGCAGAGCUUUCCAACAAAACAAAGCUCACAUCAUUCUGAUUAUUUGAUGCUGAGAUACGCUCCGUCAAAGUUUGGUGGUGCAUUUCAUCUCGCCGGUACAAUAGCAGGCAACUGCUCGGGCAACAAAAUUGAGAGAGGGACUACACCAUUUCUCACCUUUACUUGCCUAAUUACUUGA